AGCCAAAGAUUAUAUCGAACCGUAUAUGCAAGCUGUUAUUCAAGGUAAGUUUUAUGCAGGAAACGUACGAAACUCUGAGUAUAGUGAUAGUAUUGUUUCAUAUAGUACAAUCUAGACAUGCAUCACAUGCGUCGGAAUUCGGGUCGGCAAUCGGUCGACACGACUGCUGACCUGUAAUCAUGUCAGCCUUGUCAGGUGGGCAAAGAAUCGCCGACCUGCAAUUGUACUGUUCUGAUGUGAAAUCAAGCAUGUUCUGAUGUGAAAUCAAGCAUGUUCUGAUGUGAAAUCAAGCAUGUUCUGAUGUGAAAUCAAGCAUGUUCUGAUGUGAAAUCAAACAUGUUCUGAUGUGAAAUCAAGCAUGUUCUGAUGUGAAAACAUGCAAGGUUGUUUAGAUGUGAAAUCAAGGCUGUUCUGAUGUGAAAUCAUGCAAGCAUGUCCUGAUGUGAAAUCAAGGCUGUUCUGAUGUGAAAUCAUGCAAGGCUGUUCAGAUGUGAAAUCAAGCAUGUUCUGAUGUGAAAUCAAGCAUGUUCUGAUGUGAAAACAUGCAAGGUUGUUCUGAUGUGAAAUCAAGGCUGUUCUGAUGUGAAAUCAUGCAAGCAUGUUCUGAUGUGAAAUCAAGGCUGUUCUGAUGUGAAAUCAUGCAAGGCUGUUCAGAUGUGAAAUCAAGUAUGUUCUAAUGUGAAAACAUGCAAGGCUGUUCUGAUGUGAAAUCAAGGCUGUUCGGAUGUGAAAUCAUGCAAGGCUGUUCAGAUGUGAAAUCAAGCAUGUUCUGAUGUGAAAUCAAGCAUGUUCUGAUGUGAAAACAUGCAAGGUUGUUCUGAUGUGAAAUCAAGGCUGUUCUGAUGUGAAAUCAUGCAAGGCAUGUUCUGAUGUGAAAUCAAGGCUGUUCUGAUGUAAAAUCAUGCAAGGCUGUUCAGAUGUGAAAUCAAGUAUGUUCUAAUGUGAAAACAUGCAAGGCUGUUCUGAUGUGAAAUCAAGGCUGUUCGGAUGUGAAAUCAUGCAAGGCUGUUCAGAUGUGAAAUCAAGCAUGUUCUGAUGUGAAAUCAAGCAUGUUCUGAUGUGAAAACAUGCAAGGUUGUUCUGAUGUGAAAUCAAGGCUGUUCUGAUGUGAAAUCAUGCAAGGCUGUUCAGAUGUGAAAUCAAGCAUGUUCUGAUGUGAAAUCAAGCAUGUUCUGAUGUGAAAACAUGCAAGGUUGUUCUGAUGUGAAAUCAAGGCUGUUCUGAUGUGAAAUCAAGGCUGUUCUGAUGUGAAAUCAUGCAAGGCUGUUCAGAUGUGAAAUCAAGCAUGUUCUAAUGUGAAAACAUGCAAGGCUGUUCUAAUGUGAAAACAUGCAAGGCUGUUCGGAUGUGAAAUCAAGGCUGUUCGGAUGUGAAAUCAAAGCUGUUCUCUGAUAUGAAUUGAUUAGAGCAAGUGCCUUUGAACUCUGAUAUCGUGGCUUUGAUUCUCGCUGAAGACUUAUGACAUGGAAAUAGUUGGCCAACGCUCUACCAAUAAUAGUCCUGGGUUUUCUUUGGGUAGUCCAGUUUCUUUUCACAGGGAAUAUUAACAUGGUGGGUUGGGAUUAGCUCCUAACUGACCCUCCACCAUAGCUGUUUUCCUUGGUCUGACAUCAGGUGGCUGCCAGAGCCGCCCUUACCUAUACAAUCGGUGACAAAAUACAGCUAGGCUGAGUUUGUAGCUAACAUAAUCCCCCUCCCCCUGUUCAAUGUUGGUAUAGACUAAAAUUGACAUUUUAUUUGUACUUUUGUGUUGUAAUAACUCUUCCAGCAUGCACAGCAACAUUAAGGAGCUUUAGAUUUGACUACGAGUACGAGUACGAGAUUCGUCAAGCUAAACGAAUGCUGUAUGCUUACGCCAUCGCGUACUGACGCGAAAAAGUCGUAGCCGUCGCCCAUCUGAGUACGAAAUUGUGGAGAAAUCUCGUAGUCCUUACGACGACUUUUCAAAGAAAACAAAGAUUGUUGGCUUUUUUUUGUUUUCCAAAAAUAAUUUGUAGCAUUUAUAUAGCGUUUAUCCGGCGCAAAUAAUAUAUUAGUACUAAAUAUCUGGCCUGUUUUUAAUGUUAUGACUUAUUCACACGUUUUGUAGGGGAUUUUAGUCUGCAGGAGAUUUAGUUUAUGAAACUUUUUUUCUCGUUGUUGGUUUACUGUUAUAAAAGCAACAUUUGAAUGGAAACGAAAACGACUACGGUAAUUUCCUCGCACGCGAUCAAAUCUCGUACUCGUAGUCGUACUCGUAGUCAAAUCUAAAGCUCCCUAUUAAAAUCGGGGAGGGGGGUUUACAUAAUACAUAUGUUAUCUUCGCAAUUGUUUUAAAAAAAUUCUAAGUGUCCUAUCUUUCAAUGUCACUGAAAGCCUUCGGCUUGAUAACAACAACAAUGAUUUAUUUGUACCUUUUGGAAAUCAUUCGUACAUGCUUAUGAUACGAAUUUUUAUAUUAAUCAAUGUGUACUAGCUUUAAGAAAUAGUUAUUGCUAAAAUGCCUGAAAGCUAGUUCACCAGGUUUAGUUUGAACGAUAAUGUGAGGGUCAGAAUGGCUGAAUAUUUACACAAAUUAAAUUUACACACUGCAAGCAUAAAGACAAACCAAGAAAAUAUCUACCAAUUUUAGAAUAAAGUAGUAGCAGACACGGUAGAAAUACAAGUUACAGACAUACAAACCAAGAAUAAAUGAUAAACCAGGCAUAAACAUGAAGAAAAAAAAGGAAAUUUCUCAGAGCAAGAAAAACGACCGCCAUUUAGAUCCCCCUUGAUCAGGUUGAGAUGCAUUCCUCGCAAUUCAGCUCACCUCUCAGCCUCAAGUAAGGAUGAUUAGCACACCCCACUUAUUUAUUUAAUUCUACGUUAAGGAAAAUGUAUAUGCUAUAACUCUUUCACAAGGAUCAGGAAUUUUUCAUGAAGAAACGUCGAGGAGAAUUUUAUUGAAAACGUAAAUUGUGAGGACCCACUUUUGUUUCGGGUCGGCAAAACUUUAGUCAAUGCCACCAAUUAAAUUUUGUUGUAUAUGAAUCUAAAUUUUGAAUUUAUUCCCUUUCUACAAGAACUGUUGAGUGUUAUUCGGCAAACUGAAAACGACGACUUGACCGACGCCUUGCAAGAUCUUAUAAAGCAAUAUCAAGACGAUCCGAGACUUGGACAAAUGGCUGUUAUAAUCGCACAGCAUUUGGUAUGUAAAAAAUUCUGUUUCUUUAAAUGUUCCAUUCUGUACACGUAAAAACGCACAAGUUAUUACAAGUCUGCGAAGAGAUCGUUACAAAUCUGUUUACAAGAUGUCGACAAAUUGUGUUCGCACUGCUUGUUCCUAGUUGUUGUAACAGGUUUGGAACAAGCUGUUAACUAUAUACACACACUUGAAACGAUAAAGUCGUGUGAUGUAACGCAAGGAAAAGCAAGGCAAGGCAAUUUUAUAAGGUAGGGAAAAGUAAAAAGCCAAACUGAAGCAAAAAAGUGUAAAAAGUUAGGUAAAGUACACACGCAAGUCUGCCAACAAGCCGUCAACAAAUUGUGUUCGCACUGUUUGUCCCAAGUUGUCAACAAGUUUGGAACAAGCUGUUAACGAAGAAAACGAGCAUGAAAAUCAUUGAAAAUAUUGCCAGCUCCUUUGCGAUCAUUUCUAUAAGAAUAUGAUAAACACUCCUUUUUUAACCUUAAAAACUAUAUUUUAACCUGAGAAAAAGCCUGACAGUAAUAUCCGGUACACGAUACGGGUACAUAAAUAUCCGGUAUCCGGCCGGAUAUUAGAUACCGGAUAAUGAGAUUAUCUCUCUAUCGGACCCGGAUAUCUGACCUGAUGUGAUAGGCAGUCGGAUGAGUUAUGCGGUGCAUCCCUAAUUGUAUAUUAUAUAUUUCAUUUCCUUUAGGCCAUGACAUUUAAAAAUCUACUCGACUCUGACGAAUCAGAUGAUAAAGCCGUCACGGCAAUGGGAAUUUUAACAAACUUUGAUACAAUGAUGUCCGUAAUCGAGUCAAAGGAAGUAAGUAUAUUUCGUUGUUGUUGUUGUUGUUGUUGUUGUUGUUGUUGUUGUUGUUGUUGUUGUUGUUGUUGUUGUUGUUGUUGCUAAACAGUUGGGCAAGUAUUUUGUAUCAUGAACUAACCAAUUUAAAAACUUUGUAGGUUCGUGAUGAGCUGGAAAAAAUAGUAUAUAGUAUAAUUGAAGCUGUAUUUAAACAAGGAAUAAUUGGUAUGAAACUCUUGCAAUGUUUUUGUCGUCCCCUGUAAUUUGUAAUUUGUAAGUGUAAUCUGUCAUCUUUAUAAGACCUAUCCAAGAGCACGUGCGAAAAUUGCGACUAUAGCUCCACCGGAAUCGCAGGGUCCAGAGGGCGUAUGGUUCCAUUUUCGCACCUACUCCUGAUUAGAUCUUAAUAAAUGUAUAAAAUUUGCAUUACAUUAGUUCAAUCAAGUUUUUUUCGAUUUUCCUUUUUCGAUUUUAUGAUAGAAUUUGAAGUCGUAGGAUUUCAGCACAUGAACGCGACCUUAGACCAAACGUUUACGGAUUUUUUUUAAAAAAAGAGUGGUCAGUAGACCAAAACGCCAGAACCAAAUUCAACAUUGCCAUCUGGUGAAUCUUUUAUAUUUCAUUCCAGUAUAUUUUAUAACGCCAAACAAUUUUAUUCAAUUUAGCGGUUCUCAUGCAUGCAGCAUAGUUUACAUAAGUCAAUGGUCCUCAUAGUGGUCAUAUACAGAUACUUGCGAAAAGUUUGAAUCCAAGGGAUUGAAGGGAUCUUCUCUGCAUGUUCGAUUAAGGCACGGACUAAACCAACAUCUAAACAGCUUUUUAAAAAAUUUAUUCCUAUUCUUCCCGAACAGCAAUCACUAGUUCAACAAAUGCAAAUGUCCUUGCUUCCGAGUUUCCUUUGCUUAGUUUUUCUUGUGAUCCAUCCAUAGAUUCUUCAUUGGGUUGAGUUUAGGACUUUUUACUGGCACUUCAAGGCUUGUUGCAAUCGAAUGGCACAUUAUGAUCCUAUAAAAUAGUACCCUAGCAUUUGUGUUGUCUGUGGUUAUCCAAUGUCAAGGGACGCUUUUGAAAACCAGAAAGCGUGUAGCAAUCCUUAAGUUGCCGGCAAAAAGCAACUCAAAUGCUCCCGAAGUAGCCUUUCUCACGCCGCCAUUUUUGGGUGGCAUUUCAGCUGAAGUCUGUGGGAUAAAUGCACAUAACAGCGACUUUUUUAUAAUUUUUUGGACGAAUGAUGGUAAACUUGCUUUGUAAAUGGUUAGUUUAUUUUGAAAAAUUGCUUUUCACAUUGUUUUUGCAAUUGUCUGCAUUGGUUAACGAGAAUUUGAUGCCACCCAAAAAUGGCGGAUAUUCGUCAUCAUGAGAAAGGCUAAUUGACAACUUGUGCAGGAUGGUUCAGAAGGCAGUAUACCACAGGAAACGCUCAGGCAAGGACAUUUGCUGAACUAGUGAUUGUUGUUCAGAUGGGAAAAAUUCCCUGAUGCUAAGAUCUUGGUUUGUAUUCAAACUUUUGGCAAGUAACUAUGAAAAAUUAGGACAUUAUGUUAGAGCCACAAAACUACCAAUUGUCCGACAGUUGAGGUGUAUUUUCAUUAUUUUUUCACUUUCUCAUUCAUCUUCUCAUUGCAUUUUUUUAGAUUUUUAUGAAGACGUGCUUGCUAUAAUGGUCACAGCAACGCUGUAUAAAAUAUCACCACUAAUGUGGAACCUAUUUUAUUUAAUGUAUGAAGCUUUCGAAAGAGAUGGCUAUGAUUUCUUUACAGGUUUGUCUUAACCAUUUUUCUUAUUCCUAUUAAGUCACUAAAGCACGGUCAGAUAAACCUGUGGUUGCAUGAGCUCGACAACUGGACUGUGUAACUCAGUUGGUUAGAGCGCUGCACCGAAAUCGCAGGGCCGCAUGUUCGAUUCCUGCGAAAGGGCCUAUAUACGUAGUUGCAUUUUUUGCAACUGCUCCUGGUUAAGGCCAUGUUACACGGUGCAAUUUUUCUUGCAACUUGCAAUGCAAUUCUACUCUUGAGAGAUGUUAAUUAGUGAAAUCAGUGAAGAAUUUUCGAUAUGUUGAGAAAACAUCAGCGGAGUGUAAUGAAGAUUCGUACUUGGCAAUUUUACAUCUCUCAAGAGUAGAAUUGCAUUGCAAGUUGCAAGAAAAAUUGCACCGUGUAACAUGGCCUUUAGGUCUAUAAUAAAUGUAUAAAAUUCACCCUCUAUAAGUCUAUGUACGAAACCCAUCUAGAAUUUAUUAUACUGAAAUGUCCAAAAUACUAUUAUAUACUAAAGUGUUCCCAACAAUUUCACUUGCAGAUAUGUCCAGUCCUCUUCAUAAUUACUUAACAGUUGAUCCAGAAGUAUUUCUUGCCAAUCCGAAAAAUAUGGAGAUACUUUAUACAAUGUGUCAAAAGGUAUGAUAUUUGAGUAUUUUUUAUUACAAAUUUUGUGUUCGUCUGUUAGUACGAUUUCAAUGUGGGUAGUACGAUUUCGAUGUGGCGACGGUUUUCUCCUCAUUAUGGCGAUAUGCAAUUUGUUCCAUAUAUUUCUACUCUAAUUCAAGGGAUAUUUUCAUGAUGGCUCACAGCAAAACAAACUUUAAAAUAGAUAAAGCCAUGGGGGUACAACAGUUUGGGCAACUUUUUUCAUGAAAGCGUUAUUCGUAAGGCUGAUUUACCAUUCCGAGUUGCACAAAUGAGGAUUCACAAACGCUGCAUCUAGAAUACCCGUUCACUUUUCUAGCUGUCUUGUUAUCAUGAUACGAUGACACAAAGUGCAUGAAAUUAAGUGACGUAAUUAUUAUAAAUUCGCGCUAUUUAAAAAGGCUGGGCGUAAGCUGUUUUUUGAGUGAUACGAAAAACACAGCUCUUGCCAGUUAUUGUGACAAGUCUGGGACUUUUUAGAACUGAUUUAGUGGGAUGGUCACAAUUCAAAAGAAAUCAAGCGAAAAUCCACCCUUAUACUGCAUGGCUUUUCGUCGCAAGUUUCUACGAUAUACGUGUAGACGCUAUCAUACUUAUCGCAACAACUUGUUGCGAGUGUAUGGGCCUCGUCAACGUUGUUACAAGGCGAUAAUAACUUGUUCCAGAUUUGUGAACAACUGGGAACAAGUAAUGCAAGAACAUCUUGUUGACAUCGCACCAUUGAUGUGGUUCUUUUUAUGGAUUUGUAGAGGGAAAUUUCGAGUUUGAAUUUUGUACAUUUAUUAAAACCUAACCAGGUGCAGCUGUGAAUAAUGCGACUACAUGCCCUGAGGCAGGAAACGAGUGAAAUGCCCCCAAAAUUAUGAUAUUUACCUUUAAACGUUACCUUGCAUGGCAUCACCUUAGUAUAUAGACAUGAACAUGGCAUCGACUAUUUCGCUGACCUCAGAAUGACAUUUCGUCAAAAUUUUGUUCUUCAAGAUUGGUUUAGAAACAAAUUUGGAGUAGGGUUAGGUUAGGGUAAGGAUUAGGGUUAUGGUUAGAGUUUGGUGUUUGGAGUAGGGUUAGUGUAAAUAAACCCAUAAGUUGCUUUGUUACGUUUUGUCACUCUGAGGCAAGUGAAAUAAUCUCUUCCCAUGAACUUACGGUUGAGCUCGACAAGUGAAUUCUCAUGCAGCUCAGUUGGUUAGAGCGCUGCACCGCAGCUUUGGGUCCUGCCAGAGGGCCUAUAGUUCAUUAUUCGCAGCUGCUCCUCGGUAGUUCUAAAUAAAUGUAUAAAAUUCACACUCGAGAUUUCGAUCUAUAAAAUCCAUCAACAUGUUGAAUCGAGUGAGGUGCUCACAAAAUCCUGAGUUCUAAAUGUUCUUUCCAAUGGGACAAUAAAAAAUUGGUAUUGGGGGCACCGUAAAGGAGGACUUGUUAAAACAUUUUUAGAUACUGUCAGAUGAUGAUAGUGGAGAAGAUGCAGAGUGCUAUGCUGCUAAGCUUUUUGAAGUUGCGAUAUUGCAAUUUCCUGGCCGCAUCGAUCAGGUAAUGAAAACAGCAUUUGUAUAGGUAAUCGCAUGGGGCCGAGUUUACGAGGAACUAUGCGAUUACUUGUUAAUCAUAUAGAGGGCAAAAUGUAUUCCUAAGUAAAUUGUGAACUUGUCAAGUUCUUGAAACUCGUAUGUCUCCAUGUCUUCGUCGAUGUUCCUUAAUGCUGCCCAUUUCUUAAUAACUCCAACCCAUAAAUUUGUACUUUUUGUAGUGUUGGAGUUUUCACUAGAAGUUUUUAAUUCUUCAAUAACAUCAGUAUCCGCAACGACAAAGCGAGAGCCAUUGUGUGUAUUGCUAUUUAUAAUAAAACAAGGAACUUCCUGCGCUUGCGUCUCAGCCAUUUAUAGGUACAAGUAAGAAAAAUGCUCUCAUCAUUAGCUAAUCAUAUUCGAGUAAUUUUGCCCUCGGUAUGAUUACAAUCAAUAAUGUUCGUGAGACUCGUAUAAUACUAUAUACAGUAUAAACGUUGGAAAUUAACUACACGAGUCUUCUUUUCUAUUCGAUUAAGAGGCAAUUUCUUUCAAUGUCGCAUAUUUGCGAUGAAUUUCCUUUCAAAAUUAAUUGGUGUUAACUUUAUUUUGUAGUUUACACAGUUAGCAACCUUUCUAAAUCCAUCUGGCGGUUGAGAAACACAAAAUAAUAGUUAAAUAUUGUCAAUUUAAAUACAAUUAUCAUUGAUGCUAUAAAAUUGACAUCAUAGCAAUAUAAGCAAAACUUACUGAACUUCAGAUAUCAUUUUCUCUUUGGCGUACCAUCUAAAAUCUCUUCAUUUUUAGCAUAAUUGUACAGAUAAAGCACUAAACAUAUUUUUAAAGUUUGUUUGUCGCUUGAGAAACGUAUCCUCUUAAACUUUUAACUUGUUUUAGUGGAUUACGCCGUUUGCUCAAGUGGCUUUGGCACGAUUAACAAGAAAAGUAGUAACCAGUGAAUUAAGAGUAAUGUGUUUGCAAGUGGUGAGUGUUUUGAAAUUUGUAUCUGCAUGUCCACGGUUAAUAUAGGGCAUUUGAACCCAUAUUACCCGUAUAGAGAUUAUAAAAGAAUAGAGUGGAAUGAUCGAGGGAGAAAUUGAAGCUUCCUAAUGGGGACAAAUAGCACUCUCUGAUUGGCUAAAACCUCGUUGCCCGUAUCUAAAUGCUCAUUCCCGGAUGCAAAGCCGCGAUGUUUUAGGAGGAGCGGGGAGAUUACGAAAAUAAUACAACUUUGAAAACAUGAAUUUUCUCAGUUUUAACAUAGUUCAAGUAAGGACUAGAAGCUCAAAAUCAACAAGAAUACCUGCGUGGACUUACAAAACAAAACAAGUUUUGGAACGGUAUAGAAAUGUUUUAAGUGCUUUUUAUGAUGUUGAAGAGCAGUGUUUUCUUUGUAACUUCGGUACGUCCAAAUUUUUAUCAUUUUCCACGAUAUAGAACAAAGCGCUCAUUUUUCGCCCUAAAUAAAUGUAAAACAGUCAGGCCUGUUGACAAAACCAGGAUUGAAUACUUGAAUUGUAGUCAAAGGGUGAAAAAAUAGAUUUUCGUGGUUUUACAUCCGAGUAUAACUCAAAUUUGCCCCAUUAGCAAGCUUCCUUGCUUCAAUUUGUUCUUUUCGUUUGCCUGAACUUUUCUGCAAUACUCGCUCUAUUCUUUUAUAAUCUCGAUGCUAUUAGGCUAUUACACCCGUUUUCAAAAUUACGCGACCUACCCGAAAAGUAAUCUUCAAAUGUCAGUUUUGAAAUUACAUAGUAUGAGAAUAAAAUUUUUGGUAUAUGACUAUAUGCUAUAUUUACAAGUAAUAAUAUUAUGUAAUAAGAUAAAAAGUACUAUAACAACUAUAAGAGUUUAAUUGUUAUUAUGAACACGAGCAGCUGCAGGGACGAAACGUUUUGAAAAACUUCAGUUCUACACCUGGGCACUGGCAAGUUGAGAUAAGUCCUCAAGUCGUAUGUUUGGAGAUUUUUUGGGAGGAUUACAGUCAAACCAGAUGUUCCCUUGCGAGCAACAUUGCAAUAUUGUUCCACAAUAUUGCAAUUUUGAAAGGCAGAUUGCUCUAAGCAAAUUGCAACCGAUGCGAACAAAUUGCAAGUUGGAAAUUCACAAAAGAUUUGUAAACAAAACCUCUGAUUGGAUUAUAAGAAAAAAGGAAGCCAAUCAAAUAGUGUGAGCAACUGGAUUGGUGCUUCCCCCUUUCUUAUAGUCCAAUCAAAGGAUUUGUUUACAUUUGUUUACAUUUGUAAACAAAGCCUCUGAUUGGACUAUAAGAAAGGGGGAAGCACCAAUCCAGUUGCUCACACUAUUUGAUUGGCUUCCCUUUUUCUUAUAAUCCAAUCAGAGACUUUGUUUACAAAUCUUUUGUGAAUUUCAACUUGCAAUUUGUUCGCGUCGGUUGCAAAUUGCUCAGAGCAAUCUGCCUAUUAAAAUUGCAAUAUUGUGGGACAAUAUUGCAAUGUUGCUCGCAAGAGAACAUCCGGUUUGACUGUAAGGCAUUCAUUUUAUGAGUGGGUAACAUCAUAUUUCAAAAAUUAAAAAAACGAUCGCAAAGUACAGUUCUACGUUCGUAAAGAGUCGUCAAUUUUGCAUUCUACAAACAUUCGGCAUAGUUAACACCUGGAAGGAUAAUUUUGAGUGCUCUCUUUUGGAUUUUCUCCACCUGAUCGUUGACGUACUAGGGAAGGCUGUAACGCCACACCUGACAAGCAUAUUCAACGAUAGAUUAGCCUGCGUGUCUGGCUCAAUGCUUGAAUUUCAAGCAUAGAGCCUGACACGCAGGCUAAGAAUAGAUUGGGUAUGCGUAUACAGUUUACUGAGAUCAAGACGUCAGCAAGUAAAGCAUUUCUCUUAAGGAGGCGCAAACCAUACAAACGUUUCGCAGCUUUCUUACUAAUGCAAUCAAUGUGGCGAUUCCAUUUGAGAUCGUCUGAAAUCACAACGCCCAACAAUUGUACUUCAGAAACUACGUCGACAUCUUCAAAGAUGAGGUGAGGUUUAAGAUGCAGACCCAAGGCAAUUCUUUGAUACAUUUAAUUCAAUGUUGUUGACUAUAGUGACCAUUCUGAGCAUCUAAAACAGUAGCUGGUGAAUGGGAGGAGGAAUCCUUUGUUGUUAUUUCCCGAAGAGUGGUAUCGUCCACAAAUUUAACGUUAGGUUUCGUCAAACCCUGCGAGGUCAUUAAUCUUGAUCAGAAGUAAGAGCGGGCCAAGCUUAGUUCCUAUGGGACCCCGGCGUUUAUAUACUUCUGCUCGGAAAGAAGUGAUCAACACGGGUUCUCUGUUAGGAAAUUCGCAAUCCAGUUGAGCAAUACAGGAUGAACCUAGCUCCAUGUCUUUCAAUGUGUUCAACAGAAUAUUAUGAUCUAAUCGGUCGAAGGCUUUGGGAAAGUCGAGUAAGCAGAUGGUUUGUCUACUGCUUCAUACCACUUGUGUAGCAGAUGAACAAGUGCGAUAUUAGUGCUUGAACCCUUUAACGAACCAAAUUGCAAGGGGUCAAUUUAUCAGAAACGGAGUUAAGAAGACAUUUGUAGGGAAAUGAUUCGAGGAUCCUACUAAUGAUCGGUGUGAGAGAGAUCGGUCUAAAGUCAGAAUCAACAUCCAUUGCAGGCGAACAUUUCUGAAUUGGUGUAAUAUUUGCUGACUUCCACAAUGAAGGAACAAAUUCUUCACGAACUGAUGCGUUAAAAAUAGAGCUCAAAGGUCGGCACAGAACACAGGCAUUUUCGUGGAGAAGCCAAGCGGGAAUUUCGUCUGGACCAGUAGAGGAAUGAAGUUUAGAAGACAGUAGCGCCUUUUCGGUGCCCUCGACAGAAAUGUGGAAUUCAGCGGGAACGUCGUCACUAACGGGAAGAUCAAAACUUAUCAUUGAGGAGAUUUGCAAGGUCCGCGUCUGAGUAAGAUUUACCUUCGAACAUUAUAAUGACUGAAGACUGACGACCAGCGAUACUCUUCACCGCUGACCACCAUUAAUGCUAAACAAUAUUGCUAACAACCAGGAACAGUAUGGGCAGCAAAAUAUUGCUCAGGACUGUUUACAACAACAUUGUUACAGGCUGGGCGUUUUUUGCUUUGUAAAGAAGAUUAAUGAAUUAAAAUGAGCUAGACAUAUUUAAACUAAAAGAAACGACAGAAAUUUGUGUCGUGAAUGACUUUUAACGUUUGAAAAAGCACAUAUAACAUCGAAUUCACUGUGUAUCAAACCCGCUUGCGCUGGACUAUAUAGCGGUAAUAUUAUAAUUUUGUUGUGCUUAAAUUUUGAAAUAAUUAUCACUAAAAUAUCUUGAAAAUUCUUCUCAACCUUUUUAUAUAAAGCAUACAAAGCAUAUACAUCGAUAAUGAACCGCAGAACUCGACGUUGUAAACAAUUUGAACUUCGUGACUGUGACAUAAAAAAGACAUCUAGCUAUUUUCGGCCUGGUCGCUUAAUUUUGAAAACGGGUGUAAAGGAUAUUUUAGCCCGCGUGCAGGCCCAAGGGAACUGAUAGUGGGCCUGCAAGCAAGGCCCGGUAUUUUGUAAAACGCCCCUUUUCAUAACACGCCCCAUUCGCGCGUCAAUUGUCAAAAAAGAACCAAUGACAGCACCCAAAUAUUACUGUCGUUCCAAUUGAAGUGUUCCUCAAAUAUUGAUUCAAUACAUUACCUCGGGCUGACCAAUUCAUUUCAUCAAAUUCCUCGAAAUAUUCAUACACUUCCUAGUAUAAUUGUAAACUUCCUGUUGAAUAGUUUGAAUGCACCAAUCACCUUUGUUGUUUGUGCAACUAACCAAUCAUAAAUAGAAAGGAAGUGACCAGAAAUGAUCAGAUCGUGUGUGCAGUUGUUGUUGGCGGCGGAAAGUACGAAAUUUAUUUCAGUUAUUUCAUCUGGUAAAGAACUCUACAAAAGAAGAGAGCGUUCAGAGUCCAGAUCGUUUCGUUUCAAACGGCAAUUUAAUACCGUCUUCUGUUUCACUCUCUAAGCGAAGCCUUGUAAAUCGCAAAGUGUUUCGAAUAGGCUUACAUGCAACUGCAUCUCAACAUCAACCAAAAGAUCAUUUUCUUGAGGAACAUAUAACGUAUCAAGCCUGUUUGAAAUUAAUGAAACUCAAGUGUUUACCCCAGUCAUAAUGUUGCUAUUCCAACACCUCAUGACAAGCAAUACCCAUUGGCAUAACGGCAAAAACAUCUCUUCCUUCAAGUAAACAAUAAACAGUCUGUUCUUGUUCCAUUUGUAAUCGAAAAAAGUGAUCAAUUUUCGAAUUUUAAGCUGAUCGAGAUUUAUCGAGAGCUUUUGUGAUGAAUCAGUGACCUAAUUAUAGAAUCCAACAGGAAACAGCCAAUCAGAAUGCCGCGUUCGUGGGCGAACGCGGAAAGUACAAAAUACCGGGCCUUGCUUGCAGGCCCACUAUCAGUUCCCUUGGGCCUGCACGCGAGGGCUAAGGAUAUUUCGUCAAAAAAAUAAGAAAUCUCUCUUAGGCCUGUUUCAAACGUCGCGCUUCUCGUGUGUCGAAUGCAUUAAAAACAAUAGAUAAUCAGCUGAAAUGCCUCAUUAUCUAUUGUUUCUAAUGCGUUCGGCACAUGAGAAGCGCAACGUUUGAAACAGGCCUUAAAACGUUAUUAAACUCCAAAUGAUAUGAAAUUUUAGGUCGUGGCUACACUUUACUAUAAUCCAACAUUUCUUACAACAAUUUUGGACAAGCUGCACCUGCCAGAAUCUAACGAACCAAUAACUGUCCAGUUCUUUGCACAGUGGAUGGGUGACGCUAAUUGCUUUUUAGGGUAUGUAUUGUAUCAUGCCAAUUAAGUUUACAUUUUUGUACAUAUAUGUUAUUGACUGCGAGAAGAUUAGUCGAGUCAGGGCCUUCCAGAGAAAUGGGAGGGGGGGGGGGUAAAUACCUGUAAAAACACGGGUAAAACACUUUUUGGGACCAGUACCAGUAAAAUUAAAGUCUAAGAAUUUUUUCUCAUCCCAUUACUUAUAUCAAAAACGUUCCAAAUAAAUGUUUUUAAAUUACAUCUUUUGUGGCACCCCAUUUGCAAAUUUUGGGCCCCUUUAACUGCAGAAGCCCCGGGGAAAAUUGUCGCCUUUGAACCCCGCCCCCCCCCCCCUCUCAGAGGCCCUGAGUCGAGUUCUUUUUUAGUUUACAAUAUCAAUAAGUUAUUUAUUAUAUGGCUAAAAACAAGAGCAUUGAUUAAUAUAAAUUAAGUCGAGAAUUAAGUUGUUUACAACAUUAUUUGAAAAACGCAGGAUUUUAUAAGAUACUAAUAUAUUAAAAAUUUAAAACAGAGCAAUUUUUAGCUAUGGAAAUUAUAUAUGCAUCUUUAAGGCGCAUCUACACGAUACGACUAGUCGAAUCUUAUCCUGGCGUAUGAAAACGAUUGCUGACGCCACUAUUCCUGUUCAUCAGUUUAUGGCGAAAUUUGAAAUGUGACAUCUUUACACGCAUUUAUUCGAAUACAUACGCCAGGAUAAGAAUCGCAUGCGACUAGUCGUGUCGUGUAGAUGGGCCUUUAUGGACCUAACCAAAUGACCAGUUUCGAAAAUUGCAACUAUGGCCCUGUGACAGCACUCGAACCUGUAAUUUUCAUUCCUUCUUUUCCAGUUUACAUGAUAGGAAAAUGUUUGUCCUUGGUUUAUGCUCUAUCCUUGGUAUAAACAGUACUUUGAGACCGAAGGGGUUACAUGAUUGUGCAUCGAAGAUCAUACCUUCUUUGUUAAUGAUCUUUUCUGGACUACAAAGGUCGUACGAAAGUAAGUUCAAUACAACCAUAUUAGAAAUAAAAAGUAAAUUGGCAAAUAGCAUACAUGCGGACACGGUCCAAGGGUGCCAUUUUUGGGGUACUGUAAUUUUUCGUAAACGAUUAUAACAAUAUUAAAAGCAAUAUUUCAGAACAAACUAUGUACAGAGUAAAUUUACCUACCCACAAAAUCCUAAAAUGUCGCCGUUACGUGGUGUUACCCUCGCAGGAUUGACAAAAAAGUACCCCAGUAAUGGCGGCGUGAGAAAGGGUAAUUGUACUUAAAAUGCAGGUAUAAGAUAGAGGAUAGAGAUGAGCAGAUAGAGGAUAAAAAUGAAUGGGAACUCGCCAUAUCGGGGGCAAUUCCAUUUUGCCUUCAUCUUGUGCCUUUAAGGCCUGGUAAGUGCAUUUCUAUAUGUCGUUAGCGUUCAAAUGGCUUGUGGGCUACUGCCAACACGUUUUUCUUCGAUUUUCCUAUUAAACUCCUAUAUUGUUAAAAGCGUAAAAUUUCAGGUUCAUUUAUAGAAAAAAAGUUGCAGCGUUAGCAAGCUUACAAAAAAACCCGACACGUAAGACAUUUCAACGGUUACAAUACCUUCAUUUUUCAAGUUCUUCUUGCAUGAGUUAUGAACUUUUGAAAACGUGUUUUCAGACUAGUAUACCCAGGAUGUUUGCGAGGUUUUGGCCUAUUUUCACAUUUUGGAACAGCAAUAACUCCAACACCGCUUGAGAAAUCAAGUUAACCAUUUAAAUGUCUUAGGCCUGUAACGCCUGUUUAUAUACGUCGAAUUUCGGUCACGUCGAAUGCAAUGCAAACAAUAGAUAAUGAAGCUUAAUGAGGUGUAUCAUCUCAUUAUCUAUUGUCUCAAUUGCAUUCGACGCGACCAAAAUUCGACGUGUAAAACAGGCCUUAUAUGUGUUUUGUUGUAUAAGUGAACCUGAAAUUUCACGUUUCUAACAAUAUACUAGUUAUAUUUGUGGUGUUACUCUGAGUGUAUAUCCACACCGGGCGAGCUUGAAAAAUAUGCCCGGCCACGGUGGGAUUCGAACCUACGACCUUUGGAAUACUAGCCCAAUGCUCUUCCAACUGAGCUACGCGGUCAGGACGGUUCGAGCAAGUGAUAUUUCGGAACAGAAUCUAGUUCCUUCGAUACCAAUGUAUUCUAGUAAUAUGAAUUUUUUUCUGUGUUGGUGUAGUGUACUCAGGUGAAUAUGAUAUUAAAAAAAGAUUAUAAAAAAAUAUGAUAUUAAAAAAAAAAAAAAAAAUAUUUGUGGUGUUACUCUGAGUGUAUAUCCACACCGGGCGAGCUUGAAAAAUAUGCCCGGCCACGGGACCGUCCUGACCGCGUAGCUCAGUUGGAAGAGCACUGGGCUAGUAUUCCAAAGGUCGUAGGUUCGAAUCCCACCGUGGCCGGGCAUAUUUUUCAAGCUCGCCCGGUGUGGAUAUACACUCAGAGUAACACCACAAAUAUCAUAUUCACCUGAGUACACUACACCAACACAGAAAAAAAUUCAUAUCACUAGAAUACAUUGGUAUCGAAGGAACUAGAUUCUGUUCCGAAAUAUCACUUACUCGAACCGUCCUGACCGCGUAGCUCAGUUGGAAGAGCAUUGGGCUAGUAUUCCAAAGGUCGUAGGUUCGAAUCCCACCGUGGCCGGGCAUAUUUUUCAAGCUCGCCCGGUGUGGAUAUACACUCAGAGUAACACCACAAAUAUCAUAUUCACCUGAGUACACUACACCAACACAGAAAAAAAUUAAUAUACUAGUUUAUGGAAAUUGAAUAGGAAAAUUGAAGAAAAACAUAUUGGCAAGUUUAACACGAAGAAAAUAGAAGAAAAACGUGUUUGAAGCAGCCCACAAGAAAUUUGAACGCCACCGAUUACUGUACUUACCAGCCUUAACCUCCUGGUCGUGUGAGUUUUUCCCAUCUGCCUGACUAAAAGCCUAUUCUUGGAUUGUCUUUUAUUGCUGGAAUAUGUUUCUUUUACCUAACCAGGGCAAGCUUUAUUAGAAGAAGACAGCGACGAAGAUGGUGGUGAGAUUGAUGGUGACGAAGAUGUUGACGAAGGUAGGCAUCAAACAAAGUUACUGCAUGUAUAUCGCUGCAUGUUUAUGCCCGUCGGGUAUAGUUAUUCGCACCCUAGAUUAAAAUUUAACCCGCUGUUUUGGUUUGUGUACAUUUGUACUUCUGUUUAUUUCAAAACUUUGGAAAUAAAACUUCUAUUGACCCGGACAUGAAUUGUGGAACACUAUCUUCAUGUUUCUAAACAGGCUGUUGGGACUAUAGACCUUUCCCCUUUUGAGUGAAAUUUUGAUCUAGACAAGUCUGGACAAAAAUGUCAUCACAGCUUGAAAGAGCAUCGCAAAAUUAGUAAUAUUCCGAAGUUUCGUUGCGAAAUGUGGUAACAUGCGGAUAAUAUAGCCUUGCGACGUUUGCCGUUUUUCAGUCAUUUUGUAUUACAAAUGGGAAAUUGAUAAUCAGUUUGAUCAUCUGAUUAUCAAUUUCCCGUUUGUAAUACAAAAUGACUGAAAAACGGCAAACUUCGCAAGGCUAUAUUAUCCGCAUUUUACAACAUUUCGCAACGAAACUUCGGAAUAUUACUAAUUUUGUGAUCCUCUUUCAAGCUGUGAUGUCAGGAGUUGGGUUAACUAUAUAAAACUACUCUAAACUGACCGAGUAACAAUCCAAAAUUGUUUGAAAUGUUUUUAAUCAUUUUCUAACUUUCAGACAGCAACCAGAAACGACGUUUUGGUCCCAUAUUGAUCGCUUACUCUCCAGAUAAAAAAUUAGCGUGACCCCUCUCUUGACGUAACAUGUAUAUCCUCAAUAAUCCACAGUGGCGAACAGUGCUUUGUUUGCCAACCUCAGGAAUAAAUAUAACUUAAUACUGAUAAUAGUAUGCAGUGAGUGACGUCGCCCAUAGCACGCAACCAGAACUGCAGAAAUGCAUUGUUAUCUAAACAUUUUCGCCAUAUUAAACAAUGUUAAAACGCCAUGUUAAAAGUUUGAAUAUUGUAAUUAACAAAUAUAAAACAUUUUCCGUGUUGAUAUACAGAUUUAGUAUUUUUGCAUAACGGUGAAUAUAACACAUCCUACAUCCUGAUUGGUCAAAUUUGACGUAUUAAGAUCUUAUAGUCACCUACAGGUGAAUAUAACAAAACCGAAAUUUGCAAAAUAGUGGCUAGCCAUUUUCCGGAUAAAUUAUUGAUAAAGAAAUAAGAGAAAUUAAAAUAAAUUCAGUACCAAAAAACACAAAAGACUUGUGUAAAAAAUACUAAAACAAUUAUUCGCCUCAUGGCUCGGAGAUUAUCGAGGAAUAUUCACCUCGACUUUGUUUCGGUGAAUAUUUCCCGAUAAUCACCGAGCCCGAGACGAAUAAUUGUCAAAUAUCAACACGAGUGGAAAUUGGGAAAACGAGAAAUUGUGUGGAAACGCGACGCCCGAAAAUAACCAGGAAAUUUAAUCAGGAAUAUCAAGUUAAACCAAAUAGAGUCAUUUCUAUAGGUUAAAAGAGAACUUUAACCAGGGCGAGUGUACUGUUUCCCGAAAGUUCCAGCCCGGGUCCCAGCCAAGGGUAUCCAAGGAUAUCCGGAGCUGAGCAACCAAUCAGAUUGCGUGAAAAGCAGUAUUCACCUCCCGAGUAUAUGCUAAUGUUAUUUAUCUUCAUUGUUUAUAAUGUUUUUUUGUUCAUUGGUGUACAGGAGAAUUAGAAAGCGAUGAUGAUGAAUUAAACGAAGAUGAAGUCGUUUAUGUUGAAAAUCUUGCAAAACGGGUAACGAAAUUAAUAACUGACUUUGGUAACUUUUAUCGUUUAUAGAGCCUUCACUCGGGGGAUUCGACGAAAUAAUAUCUGAAGUGAUUCUAAUUUUGCUUUUUUGUCUGCGGUCCUGCGUUUCCGGUGCUGCACUCUAAAGCCCGUUCUCCACUAGGCGAAUUUAUUCGCGCGAACAGAUAAAAAGUAGGAAGCGAUCCUACUUUUUCGCCGCGAAUUUUUUCGCCGACCAAUCACGUUGCCGGAUUUCGGUUUUCGCUUCGCGUCGCGCGAACAAAUUCGCGUAGUGGAGAACGGGCUUAACCAACUGAGCUACAGAGUCCAGUUGUACAGAGUCUAGUUGCCAGGCUGAUAUUUCCCUGCUACUACAUUUCUAUAUCAGAAAUUGCGUCGCAAGUUGCGGCAAACUUGCCUCGUGUAACAUGGCCUUCAGAAAGGCUCAAAACUACACAUAUCAGUGGGCUUACACGGUGUUAAAGUUGACAGGGUGGGUUAAAGUUGACAGGGUGCGUUAGGAUGCGUAACACAUUUAAAAAAGUAAUAUCACAAUUAUACUGUAAAAAUAAAAUAAUCUAGGCUAUACGUAUAUAAUUAGGUAAGCGUAUAAUACUUGAUGUAAAGCGCAGUUGAUCAUAUCCACAUGUAAAUUUGCGCUACAUAGAAAUGCCAAUCGUAAUCUUAGUUGCGCUUUAAUCGGUUGCUAAGUUACACCCAAUCUUUUGUAGGUGACUAAUGCAUUGCACGCAGAAGAUGCUGAUGAGGAUGAGGAAACAGAGCUUGAAGCCUACACGACCACAAUAGACAAUGAAGACGCUGUUGACGAGUAUACGGUGUUUCAACAAUGCUUGUUGAGUAAGUAAAUUGUGGACGCAACAGAGAUUGCGAUGACGUUUUCUUUGGUAGUAUAAUGAGGAUCGAAAUGUGCAGUCGAGGAAUUUCCACCCGCUCUAAUGAAACCAAUCUGAAGAACUUUAUCUGAAAGAAUCUUUACCAGCCUCAAAAAGACGUUUGUUGGGUUGAUUUGAAACAGAGCUGUACAGUUUCGUAUUAAAAUUUGACUGAAACGAGGAAGCUAAGUGAAAAGUGAAGCGAAAAACAACACAUUGGCUGCUUAAACCAUUUGAUCACAGCGCGAAUACAAUGUAUAUUUGGAUAAAUACCGAACAAACUCACUUACCGAUUUCCUCUUCAAGAGAUGGAUCCAAUAGCGAAUUUGCUUCCCUUGCUUUGGAAAACUGAGCCAAACUCUUCGUUUUCUGCCAUAUUAGAAUAAUAUAUUUGCGUAUGUGUGAAACCUGAGCCGUUUCUCAUAUAUCAAACCAAUCAACAGCGGUAUUUGCGGUCAUGUGGGGCAGUGCAUUCUGCCUUUAAGUUUUUAUUUGGAUGUUAUAAGGACGUACAAAAAUUGCUGGAGAGAACAUAUAUGCGGGCUCUGGGCGGAACUUGGAAAACUAGGGAGACGUGAGCCACCUCAUUGCUUUUUUCCCCAAUAUUAUCACCUCCUGCCCACAUCCUUCAUCCUAACUUCCAAAUAAAAACAACUUUGACAUACAGACUUGGAGUAAAUCCAGUUUUCAACUUUGAGUCAAGCAUGUAUUGACUGCAAACUGAAUAAAAUAUAUACCAAAAUUUUACGAAUGAGCCAAGAAAUAAUAUCAGAGCACAGAGCGUCUAUAUACGCUACGAAUCCUGAAGUACAAUUAUACCAAGAAAAAGUCAACCAUGCUGAACCAAAUAUAUACCAAAAUGUUACGAACGGGCAGACAAACAUGAAAACAUCACUUCUGGCGGAGGGGAUGACUAUAAGAGUAUCGAUAUAUCUGAUCAUUGGUCUUUAUUGAUUUUCAAGAUAUUCAAGCUCAAGAUCCGGCAUGGUACAAUCAGUUGACAAAUAAUCUCAAUGAAGAACAGAAACAAGAGCUUCAACAUUUAUUUGUAUUAGCUGAUCAAAGGAGGGCAGCACAGGGUAAG